AUGCAGUUGAUUUUGUCUGCUACUUGUGCAGGUUACACUCUUCAAACUGAAACUAAACCAGUCGACUACAUCCGCAAAGAAACCGGUGUAGGGAUGAAAAGGGAAAAGGAGGAGGGAUGGGAAGGGGCAGAUGGGAUGAAGGGGAAUAAGAGAAAAGGAAUCAUGGAAGGUGACUCCCAAUAUCCCAAACAGUUGAGAAUUGUAUUAAUGGGGUAUAUAAAAUCUGGAAAAAGUUCAACAGGAAACACAAUCCUGGGCAGAGAGGUGUUUGGCAUGAAUAGAAAUGUUUAUAGUGUGAGGAGAUGCGGAGAAGUAACAGACAGACACUUCACAAUCAUUGAAGCUCCAGGAUGGUGGAUGAAUUACUCUGUAGAGUUUAGCUCUGAGUCAUUUAAAGAUCAGAUUUUGCUCAGCAUAUCUAUGUGUCCUCCAGGACCACAUGCGGUACUACUGCUCAUUCGUGCAGACAUUAGAUUCAAGGAGCGUUCAAGAAGAGUUUUGCAGGGGUAUGUGGAUCUUUUUGGGGAGAGAGUCUGGAAUCACAUUAUGGUGCUGUUCACUCAUGGAGAUUCUCUGUUUGACACACCUAUUGAGCAACAUAUUGAGAGUGAAGGGCAGCAUCUGCAGUGGUUGUUGGACAAAUGUGGGAACAGGUAUCAUAUUCUCAACAAUCAGGACACAAGUGACAACAUUCAAAUCAAACAGCUCCUGGAGAAGAUUGAGGAGAUGAUGGUACAAAACAAUGGCUGCCAUUUUGAAAUGAAUAGAAAUGUUUUACCAAUAAUGACUGACAAAAGGAAAGAAAAACAAAUAAAAAAAGUUAAUAAAUGGAGAAUGGAUUUCAGAUCACAGAGUGACAUCCGACAUCCCUCAGAGUUGAGGAUUUUGUUAACGGGGUAUAGGAAAUCUGGUAAGAGUUCAACAGGAAACACAAUCAUGGGCAAAAAGGUGUUUGACUUGAAAAGAUCAAGUCAGUGUAUGCGGAGACGUGGAAAAGUAGCAGGCAGACACAUCAUGGCCAUUGAAGUACCAGGAUGGUGGAGGAGUUACACUACACAGGAGAGUCCUGAGUUACUUAAACAGGAGAUUAUACUCAGCAUGUCUCUGUGUUCUCCAGGGCCACACGUUGUACUACUGCUGAUACGUAUGGACAUUAGAUUUGCAGAAACUGUGAGAAAAUCUGUAAAAGGACACCUUGAGCUUCUUGGUAAGCAAGUUUGGAAUCAUGUUAUCGUGCUGUUCACUCAUGGAGAUUCUCAGUUUGACACACCUAUUGAGCAACAUAUUGAGAGUGAAGGGCAGCAUCUCCAGUGGUUGUUGGACAAAUGUGGGAACAGGUAUCAUAUUCUCAACAAUGAGGACACAAGUGACAACAUUCAAAUAAAAGAUCUGUUGAAAAAGAUCAAGGACACAGUGGCACAAAACAAUGACAGACAUUUUGAAACAGAUAUCAAGAUUUUAAUGAAAAUUGCUAAAAGGAGAGAAGCAGAAGAAGAGAGAGCAAAAGAACGAAUCAGAAUGGUGAAAAAACAGAGAGACAACAUCAGAUCACAGAUGAGUGACACCCGGAAUAUCUCAGAGAUGAGGAUUGUUUUAUUAGGUUAUAAGCGAUCUGGUAAGAGUUCAACAGGAAACACAAUCCUGGGCAGAGAGGAGAACUGGGCAGAGACAAAAUCUGUUCAAUGUUUGAUGAGACAUGGAGAAAUUGAAGAAAGAAACAUCAUACUCAUUGAAGCUCCGGGAUGGUGGAGGGACUACAGAGUAGAGUCUAGUCUGGGACCACUGAAAAAGGCGAUUGAGAAUAGUGUGUUUCUAUGUCCUCCAGGACCACAUGCUGUACUACUGCUCAUACGUGCAGAUUACCCAUUUAAAAAAGAUGACAGAGAAGCAUUGCAGGGGUAUGUGGAUCUUCUUGGUGAAAGAGUCUGGAAUCACAUUUUAGUUCUGUUUACAUUCGGAGAUUCUCUGUUAGACACACCUGUUGAGCAACAUAUUGAGAGUGAAGGGCAGCAUCUGCAGUGGUUGUUGGACAAAUGUGGGAACAGGUAUCAUCUUCUCAACAAUCAGGACACAAGUGACAACACUCAAAUCAAACAGCUCCUGGAGAAGAUAGAGGAGACGGUGGUACAAAACAAUGGCUGCCAUUUUGAAUUGCAAAAAUGUAGAGAAGGUUUUGAAACUGCAGAUCAAACAAGUAAGUAA